UGCAGGCUUGAUAAACACACAUACAUAUCAUUAGGCAGGUCCAGUAUGAAGUUCAUAAGUAACAUUGGAAUGUGUUUAGGGUUAAUGGUGAUUAUAUCAUGCUGGCUCACUAUAAUACAAGCUUGUCAUUAUGCGGAGUAUCUGGAUAGAAGGAAACGAAGCACAACAACAACUAAUAGUUCAAGUGAUUCGUUUGAUAGCAACCGGUUAAUUUAUUGGUUCACUGUUUGCAUGCAAAAUAGAAGUAGUUUGGGUUCGUACGAUUGGGGAAGUGUAGCCGAAUGGACGGUUACAGACUCGAACUGGUUUUUAUACACUGAAAACAGUAACUGCAAAGACACCGAAGGCGUCGAAGAAACGGAAUGUUGGAUCAAUCGAGUUUCUUCUUUCAUCGACGACCCGGUCGCUUCUACAUUAAGAUCUUGCAUUUAUGAAUAUUCAUCGUAUAAAUAUUCAAGCAGAAAUGGUUCUGUUUCCCGUAAGAAAAGGCAGACAAUACCAUCGCCUAUUCUUCCCAGUAUGCCACCUUGCCCCAAUGUAGUUAGAAGGUUAUAUCGCAUGGCGUUGUUGGAAGAAAUACCAAGGAAAAAAAGAAGACAAACAUCCAUGGGUGUGCCCGAGGUGCCUGACUUUGACAUCGAUGCAGUCUCAAGUUUUGUCGAAAACUAUACAACAUGCAGCGAAUGCAGUCGAUACAACGAGGGUGAGGCCGCGGCUCAAUGUUGGACGAACAGAUUCGAUCAACUGACCAAGGACAACUCGGUCCUAAAGGAGGCGAUUCAAAGAGUGAACGCUCGGUUUGCUGGAGGCGGGUCACGAGUUGGAGUCUGUAGAGGAAAUGUUUUCUGGACACAAUGGUAUAACUCGGAUAGUCCAGGACAUGGUUCAUUGGGUGGUGAUUCAGAAACACUUGCUCACGUGUUGUCGUCGUAUCGAACCAGAGUGUGUCGCAUACCGACCGGCAUACAGGCUCGAAUCGCCUCAAAUGAUUUACCUUAUGGUCGAGCAAAUCAAACCCUUCUCAUCACCCCACUUACUGGACUUAUAUGUUUGAAUAAGGAUCAAGAUAACGGUCAAUGUAGGGAUUAUAAAGUGAGGUAUUGCUGUUCAGAUGCUGUCGGUCUUUGCCCGUUAAGACAUGGAUGGACACAGUUUUUCGACAACGACGACCCUCGAGGAUUCGGUGAUUUCGAAUUGUUAUCACGCAUCAAGAGGCAAAACCCUGGCAGAGUUUGCUCAACCCCUGUUGCCAUAUCCGCGAGGUUACUCGAUGGUAAGCCUUACCAGGAGGGUGGGAAUAUCCUUCAACUAUCACCAAGCAUCGGCCUCAGUUGCUUUAACUUCCAACAGGGCAGAAGGAAUCGCUGCAAAGAUUAUCAAGUCAGAUUUUGCUGUUCCGAUACCGUAGGGUUUUGUCCAAACAGAAGGAUGUGGACGCGCUGGUUCGACACUAGAAACUCGGAAGGAGACCUCGAACAUAUUGACAGAAUUCGUCAAACUCGACCCAGUUUUUGUCCCAACCCAAUGGCGGUGAGGGCGCAGGUUUCGAACACACACCGAUCAUUCUACACGGGCGGUGAUCAAGUACGAUUGCUGCCGAAUGUUGGGCUUAUCUGCAGAAACUCUGAACAACGUAAUAAUAAAAGUUGUUCAAACUACAGGGUCAAGUUUUGUUGCUCUACAAACUUGAUCGAAGUUACAUUAGCACCUGGGACAACGACAACAACAACAACAACAACAACAACAACAACAACAACAACAACAACUGCUGUACCAACUACAACUAGAGAAUGGCGUUGGUGGUGGAAUCGACCAAACAACGCCAGAACCAGAGGGUAGAAAUUUCAAUUAUAAGUAUUUAUAAUGUAAAUUAAGUAUGAGAACAAUGGCAAAUAAAUCAACAAAGUUACAAUCCCAGGAGUAACGACUGUCAUAAAGUUGAAAGUGUUGAUCAUUUGUAAGUAACAAAAAAUAAAUCCGACUUGAUCA